AUCAGCUUGACCCGAAGCACCUAAGCACCUAAGCCAAAAGGAUAAGCCCAAAAAAAAAAAAACACAUACCUAAGGAAUGGAUCCAUUCGAUUUGUCCCACCACCUUUUGAAUUGCAAUUACACUUGACUCCUUUCUUCGAUUUCUCUGUCUCCUAUCCACUAUUCUUUCUAUCCGUUAUCCGUUGUCCCGCUAUAUCUUAAUAAUAUUCCCCCAUGCUUCAAUUGCAUCUUCUAAUACUUUCUCCGUCCUCCCCAAGCUCAAGCUGGAUCUGACGUUAGAUCAAGUGGAAUUCAUGCCUCCUUGAAUUCUUCUUCACUUUUAGGCUUCUGAGCCAGCAGAAGCUUUUCCAAUAUUUUCCAGUUCUUUUUGGUCUCUUAGGACUAUCCUACUAUAGUUUUACCCCUCCUGUUCGUUCGUUUAUAUUGGCGCAAAUAGUUUGGCCCUGGAUGAAUAGGUCAAAAUGCCUGGAGAUACCUACCAAGCCGAAGUUGCGAUUGAAGAUGGUGAAGACGACGGGAAGGCGAUUGCGGCGCAACACGCGGCCGGAAGACCGCGAACUAUGACUAGCACCGCCGAGAUCGAAGAUACUAUCACACAUCCCGGAUCUGUCCGUAUAAACGUCAAAGGCGCAUUCAUUGUCGAUACCCCUUCGCAACCAAGCACUCCAGCAAACUUGCCCGGCUCUGGCGGAAAUAGUUAUCAUGAGACAAAAGACAUUCGCUUACCCAACCACACAGCCGUUAUCAGUCAUAUCGCUGUUGAUAUUGGUGGCUCUUUAGCCAAGCUUGUAUAUUUCUCCCGCGAAGCGCAUUCGACCGAACCCGGCGGCCGACUCAAUUUCCAGUCUUUCGAGACCGAUCGCAUUGACGAUUGUAUUGAAUUUAUGCGACACCUGAAAGACAAGCAGCUCGCCCUCAAUGGAUCUAGACCGGGCGAGUUGUGCGUCAUGGCGACCGGGGGUGGUGCUUACAAGUUCUACGAAAGAAUACGAGAGCGUUUGGGCGUCGAUGUUUUGCGAGAAGACGAGAUGGAAUGUUUAAUUAUUGGUCUUGAUUUCUUCAUCACCGAGAUACCCCGCGAAGUUUUCACAUAUUCAGAGACAGAUCCCAUGCAUUUUGCGACACCUCAUGCUAAUAUCUACCCUUAUAUGCUUGUAAACAUAGGAUCCGGCGUCAGUAUCCUCAAAGUGUCCGGCCCCCGAACAUACGAACGUGUGGGCGGUACAUCACUCGGAGGGGGUACCCUCUGGGGUAUACUUUCGCUUCUUACACCUGCCGAGUCAUUCGAUGAGAUGCUAGACAUGGCCGCGCAUGGCGACAAUGCCAAAGUGGACAUGUUGGUCGGCGACAUUUAUGGUACCGACUAUGGUAAGAUCGGUUUGAAGAGCACAACGAUCGCCAGUUCCUUCGGUAAAGUCUUCCGCAUGAAGCGGGAAGCAGAGAACGAAGCUGAAGAUAUGGGUGGUCUUGCAAAUGGCGAUGACCAAAACCGUCGACAGCAGCAAAACUCAGAUCAAUCCUCUUCCUCUACCCCUUCGCAACCACAACCACAGCGUCCUACAUCCUCCAGGGCAAGUGAAUUGGCACGAUCGCGCUUCUCUAGCGCUGAUAUCUCACGUUCCUUACUAUACGCUAUCAGUAACAACAUUGGCCAGAUUGCAUUCCUACAGUCGCAAGUGCAUGGGCUGUCGCGCAUCUAUUUUGGCGGGUCCUUUAUUCGCGGGCACCCACAAACCAUGAACACGCUUAGCUACGCCAUCAAGUUUUGGAGUAAAGGUCAGAAACAGGCCUACUUUUUGCGACACGAAGGAUAUCUAGGUGCUGUAGGUGCAUUCCUCAAGCACCAGCCCCGAAACUGGGGCCGCCGAGGUAGCUUAGAGACGACUGAUGGGCUUGAAGAAAGGAUAAGGGACCGAUCAGAGCCAAAUGCUUCGUGAUAGUCCCUACACGGGCACUGCCUACCAACAUGGUUGGAUUGUUGAUUAUGAUGAAUAAUGUAAUCGCGAAGCCAUGGGAGUGGGACGAGGCACAUCCUGGGCGGGUUCUUAAA